CAGACUAUAUAGUCUCCAUACGUAGUUCUAUUCGCCUUUUUCAGUUCACAGUUGUUCGAUUUUGAUUAUUUGGAAUUUAUAGUAUUAAUUUCAAUUAUAUAUUUCAAAUUUAGUUAUUUGUUGUAAAUAAUCUAUUUUUAUAGAAUACUAUAUAAUAAUUAGUCACACAUUUUUAUGUUUAGUCAAUCAUAUUUAGGUAUGUGUAUAAUUUAAUAGAUGAUUAUUUACAAAUAGAAUGGCUGAUAAUAAGGAAACGAGUCAAAAUGGAGAUAUCAACCUUGAUGAAAAAAGAGUAGAUUAUUUAGAAUGGGAUGAUUAUUUUAUGGCUAUUGUAUUCCUUUCGGCAGAACGGAGUAAGGAUCCUUGUACCCAAGUUGGCGCUUGUAUUGUUGAUCAACGAAAACGAAUUGUUGCUAUAGGUUAUAAUGGAAUGCCAAUGGGUUGUGAUGAUGAUAAAUUUCCUUGGGGAAAAGAUAAAGAAGAUAGAUUAAAAAAUAAAAGUACCUUUGUUUGUCACGCUGAGGCAAAUGCCAUUUUAAAUAAAAAUUCAUUUGAUGUGCAAAAUUGUGCUAUGUACGUUGGACUUUUUCCGUGCAAUGAAUGUGCUAAACUAAUUAUACAAGCUGGUAUUAAAAAAAUAAUAUAUAUGUCUGAUAAACAUGCUUAUAAAAAAAGUACCAUAGCGGCGAAAAUGAUGUUUGAUGCUGCAUUUGUAGAAUACAGGCAAUAUAUUCCAAAGAGAGAAACAGUUGAAAUUAAGUUCAAUAAAAUAAAUUGGAAUGAAAAAGAUUAUUUACCACUAUCACCAUGAAAAAAAACACUUUUUUUUGGAUUUGAAGGAUUCUUAUUGUCACUUGUUGUGUAAAGUCUUUAAAAUAAAAAGCCGUCUCAUAUGUAUUAUAUGAGUAUAUAUAAUAAACUGAUUUAUUUUCAGUAAUGAUGUUUAUAAAACGUUAAAAAAUAAUGUAAUUACGGUAAAAUGGUACAAAAAAAAAAGAAAUUAAUAAACAAAGUAAUGAUAUUUACAA